CCCGGAUGGCGCCGCCUCUUGUGCCUUUCGUCAUCCGUCAGAAUACCUAGUGAAUGCCUGUUUGGGUAACCUUGCGGCGUGCCCGAGCUGAUUUCCUUGGCCUCAAUGACAAAUGUGACCCAGAAAAGUUGCUUACAGAAGCAUUCGCCUUUUUAUUAUCUACCAUGCAGUAUCUGCAUAUCCAUGGUAAUUUGGCGCCACUGCAGCAACAAAGGUCCCCUCCCUAUGUCCUCGAUGGCUUACAUAUAAUUGGUUUCGUAUCAUCUUACCUCCCUGGCGCAAGGCGCGCGAAUACCAUUCGAUGUUUCCUAUUGUUUGUCGGGUUUGCGACGGGCAGAUGCGGUCCUUUCGGCGAUAAGUGGAGGGGGUGUUCUUGUAUCCAUCAUUUCACCGCGAGAGACAACGGAGGAAAGUCUUCAAGCGUUUUAGUCAGCUCAGCUAACAGAGAACCUUUGAUCGGUGAGGCUCUGGCGCAUCAUGUGCUCGAUGUCGUGAUAGAAGGGAGAACCUGUCUUUGGUAAUAAGAUAUGGUUCUCGCUGGCUGUAAGCCGCCCCAUGUCUGACAUCCAAUCCAUAGUUCCACCGGAAUACCUACUUACCUACCUACUCCUUUCGGUGGAUAUAAACAGAGUAUUGAGCCGAUAUGGCCGCAAUGUUUUCGAGCAAACUAGAACUCCGCUGUUUGCUUUGGAAUCAGUGCAUCAGCUCAAGUCGUGAUCCUCAAAUAGAAUCCAUGACCGACAUCCCGUGCAAGGAUUUGUUCCGUUGGUGUGUACAACCUCUUUUUACCGAAUUCUUUAUGUGGCUGCAACACAAUUCUUAUUAGGUACAGAGGCCGAUGGCAUUUGUGAUUGUCCCGUGUCCCCCGCAAAAGUCUCACACACCUGGAGAGAGCUGCCAUAAAAGAUAAGCGGUUCCUUGCAGGUCGACGAUGUCGUGAUUAUUCGUGUCGUCAUGUCCGCUCGGAAAUGGAGGUCAGCAGAUCUAAUGUUGGCACCAACAGAUUGCGGACAAGAUCAAGUCUAGAUGUAGAGUUCAAUGAUUUUAUCGUUGAGAUUUACCAAAGAAGACGUGUUAUACUGAAUUGAAAUGAAGCCAGGAUCAUCAAUGACUGUAACAAGAAGAGUUGAUAAGUACCUUAUGUACUCUGUAGCAUGCAUGUAAGUGAUAUUGGA